UUAGUACAAUUUCUGUAUUUGCCGUUAAAGCAUCAUGAAUCAGAUUAUAUUAAUUGCCAUUUUGUUAUGGCAAGUAAUGCCAACAAACUGUCGGCAAUGCACUUCGUCUGAAUCGUGUGUAUUAUUAUUGGAUUGUCCGGAACUCAUGUUAGGCACUAAAGCAAUGCGAGAAAGCAGCGAAUGCAAUGAGCCUUUCAAAUAUUGCUGUCCAACCUUUGUGAAGACGCGGAUAACAGAGUCAGCUGAGGAAGAGGACAAAUUUCCAAAAGAUUGUGGAUCAACGCCUUGGUACGAAUCCGAUCGUGUAGUUGGUGGUCGAGUAAUCGAGCCCGAUGAAUUUAGCUGGAUAGUUAGUUUGGAGUAUGCUGAUUAUGAAGCCCCCGCUGGAGUCUGUGCUGGAUCCAUUGUCAACUCGCUUUACGUGGUGUCGGCAGCGCAUUGUGUGUCUGACAGAAUGGUCGACUAUUUUGGGGGUCUGAAAGCAGUGCGUGUGGGCAACUUUACUGCUGGGUUAAAAUGUGAUUUUGGUACACCGAAUUGUCAGCAAUAUCAACGCAUUGAAGUCGACGAGAUUAUUGUGCAUCCGGAUUACAUCGUGAAUAGCAGAGCAAGAAUGCUGAAUGACAUUGCGUUGGUGCGACUGCAGAGAAGAAUCGAGUUUACCACCAUGCUGAAGCCCAUUUGUCUGCCAUUUGGCAAUAAUCCCAACAUACCUGAACCAAGCUCCACCAAUCAAUUAAUGGUCAGCGGCUGGGGUAGCACAUCGUCCCGUCGCGACGAUUUGGCGAAGCGAGCUGUCUCUGUGCCAUUAUGGACUAGAGAAAACUGUCUCCAAGAUGUGCGUAGGGAUGAGUCACAGAUCUGCACAGGUGUCACCGGAAAAGGUGCAUGCCAUGGCGACUCUGGAGGUCCAGUCAUGUAUCAGUUUGAAAGCAAGCGCUUUGUCCUCGAGGGCAUCGUUUCCUAUGGCGGUCGUGAAUGCGCCACUCCAACGUUUCCCAGUGUUGCCACUCGAGUGCGCAGCUUCGGCAAUUGGAUUCAGAAUAGAAUGAGAAUGAGUUAGACUUUAUAUACUAUUAUCUCAUGACUAUAUCUAUGACGUAUUCUAAUUAUGUUAAGUACUACUAUUCUUAAUUUCGUAUUUUUCUUUUGUAAUAAUUCUCAUUGUUAUAAAUUUCAUUAUAUAUUAUAUUUUUACUUCAUUCAUUGCGUUUUAAGAUUAACAUGCUGUUCACGCGUUACGUUUAUAAACGAUAAUCUUGUGACCCGCUGUAUUUCAUUGUAUUUUCUGUGGAAUUUAUUGCAAUAAAAACUUAUUAAUCCUA